UAACUGAAAAUUUAGGAAGAGGCGAAGCAUAGAAGAAUGCAGUGAAGGAGUGCAAAAUCGAAUCCAUUUCUGGAAUUGGAUCGAAUAAGAAUGGAGGAAGCUCCUUCUUCAACGAGAAGCAUAGCCAUAAACGUGAAGUUCGGAGGGAAGACGAUACCAAUCUCAAUCGCAUCGGAAUCAACCAUCAAAGACCUCAAAUCACUCCUUCUCUCUUCCACCAACGUCCUGCCACGUGGCCAGAAGCUCAUCUUCAAAGGGAAGGUUCUGGAAGACCACAACACUUUGGGAGCAUCCGGUUUGACCAAUGGCUCUAAGCUCAUGCUUCUUGCUUCACAGGGCUUACAUCAAGGGGAGGGUCCUGUCUUGAAGAAAGCUCAGGUUGUUCCCAAAUUGAGGAGAGAUAGCCAUUCUGGGUCGAGUAAUGAUGCGAAUAAAGUUCCUGUGAAGAACAGGGUGGAACGUUGGAAGGUGACUGGGGUUGUAGCAUUGUCUGAAUGCAACUUGGAGGUCAUACCUGAUGAAGUGUGGGCUUGUGAGUCUUCUGCUCGAGUUCUAGAUUGCAACAACAAUUCAAUUAAAACCCUCCCUUCUGCGAUUGCUCAUCUUACUGGUCUAGAGAAGCUAUUCAUUAAUGCAAACUGCUUAUCGGAUGAAUCAAUCAGCUGGGAAGGACUAACACCUCUGAAGUACCUAACAGUAUUAUCAUUAAACCAGAACAAUUUGACUACUUUGCCAUCUGCACUGGGAUCUUUAACCGCCUUAAGGGAACUUCAUGUAUCCAAUAAUAAGUUGGUUGGCCUUCCUAAUGAAAUUGGGAAGCUUACCCAAUUAGAAGUUUUGCGAGUCAACAAUAAUAGGAUGAAUACAGUUGGUGAAUCUUUAGGAAAUUGUCAUUCUCUUGUUGAGGUUGAUUUCUCUUCAAAUUUCUUGUCAGAAUUGCCAGAGACAUUUAGCAGUUUUAAGAAUUUGAAGGCUUUGUAUCUGAGUAACAAUGCCAUGAAAUCUCUUCCUUCUAAACUAUUCAAGACUUGCCUUCAGCUCUCUACGCUGGAUCUCCACAACACAGAAAUUACCAUUGAUAUUCUUCGCCAGUUUGAAGGAUGGGAUGAUUUCGAUGAGCGCCGCCGCAAUAAACAUCAGAAACAGCUGGAUUUCAGGGUUGGAGUUUCCAGAGAUUUUGAUGAAGGUGCUGAUAAGAACUAACUAGAAAUUGUUUGUCAAUUACAGAUAAUCCUUCAUGAAGAGAUCAUUCAUGUGUAAACUUUGGCUGCCCUCUGGUGGCAGACUGGAAAUUUAUGAUAUCCAAUUUGUUAUGUAUUGAAAAUUUUCUACAUUUUUUUUUAAUCGAUAUGUUAAUUUUGAUUGAAAAA